UCUGUCCUGACUUCCAACCGAAAGGUAUGCAGGAGCAUCCUAGUUCUUUUCGUAGUGUGGACUUUUCGUGUUACUCUUUGACCGUAAAUAUUAAUAUUGAUGAAGCUGUUCAACCGCCAUCUGUUUUCUUUUCAUCCAUAGUGUGCUGUAAUGUUUUUGAUCCCCAAUUGUUUGUAUUCCUUAUUACAGAAUGGAUGACGGAGAGGACAACGAAAAACCAAGGAAACCGACAACACAUGAUGAGCGAGGUGCAGCUGACCUGGAACGUGUUACUGAUUAUUUCGAAGAAAAAGAGCUCAGUGUUGGACUAGACGCAGUUAAAGCUGUAUCAGAUACUGCUGGUGAUGCCGUGGCCGCUGACAAAGCUCAAAAACAGAAACAAAUGCUUAAGGUUAAGGUCAGAAAUGAAGACAUAGCCUUGAUCUGCCAAGAGAUGGAGGUUAGUAAGCUGAUGGCCGAACGUCACCUCAAAGAACACCAAGGUGAUCUCUACGAGACCUUAGUUGACCUGUGCAGAUAA